AACAUCGCGUCGUCAGAGUACCUCUGAAUCUCUUUGUAAUAUCAUUUACAAUUAUUCCCAUAUUUGUUAUGGAGAAAUUCAGUAAAUAUUAUUUUUUACUCAUUUGUAUUUCAAUCGUAGUUGUCGCCCGGAGGGACGUGGACUCUUCAAUAGCAAAAUUUGCUUUUGCAAAUAUGAAUCUCCAAAGUUGGAUGACGAAAUUUUGCAGUCAUUUCUGUGAACACUCCAUGGCGAAAGCUAUGCGAACGUUCUCGUGGUGUUCUGUAAAGUGUCCCAGUAGUAUGACUCAAAAUUCAAUAUUCGAAGAACCAACAACUCCUGCAACUAGCAGCUCUUCAACAGCAAUGAUCUCUCCACCGAAAACGAAAAUUACUGAUGAUAAAGGACCAAACAAUGGAGGUACCGUUGUUAUUAUUGAUAACCCGAACAAAGCUCGAAAGAAUUCUAAAGAAUUUGCUAAGUAGUGAGAAAUUGAGUAUCUCACAUGAACCAACUUAUUCUGAAAUUCUCUUCUUCGAUACCGAUUAUAUCUUAAAAAAUGUAAUCACCAAUAUCGUUCCAAAUUUCAAUAUAUUUCUCGAUGGGAGAUUUCCGCCGACAUCGCAUUGGAAAAAUUGCAAAUUAUU